AUGAAGCGUCCCAAGAGCCCCCAGUGGGAGGAACAGGAGGAGGAAGAAGAAGAUGACAAUGAAGGGGAGAGGAGGGUGGUGGUAGGACACAGGGCCAAGCGGGAGCGCCGUCAAGCCAGUGGCAGUGCCACCAUGUGCCAGGUGUGCAACAUUGCGCUGAACUCAAGCGCCCAGGCUCUCAUCCACUACAGGGGCAAGACCCACCAGAGGAGGCUACGCCGACUGGCAAAGGCUGUCAGCACAGGUGCGCUGUCCCAGAGCCAGGUCCACCCGCUCCUGGGCGCGCUGCCUCUGCCAGGUCCACCCCUCCAGCCGCAGACUCAUGCCCAUUUGGAGCACUUCCUGCCGCUCAGGAUCAACAGCUCCUCGCCGCUCAGCCUUUUCCCCAAUUUCAACACGAUGGACCCGGUGCAGAAAGCGGUGAUCAACCACACCUUUGGUGUAGCUCUACCAAAGAAGAAACCCAUCAUCUCCUGUAACAUCUGUCACCUGCGCUUCAACUCCACUACCCAGGCAGAGGCCCAUUACAAGGGUCACAAACAUGCUCGUAAGCUGAAGGCCAUGGAGACCCAGAGGAACCGCCAGAAGAAUGGACACAGUCCAUCCACAACAGGGAAAGACAGAGACAGAGAGAAAGAGAGGGGGAUGAUGGGAGGAGGAGUGAUGCCAGCAGAUGCACAUUUAAAAGAUAUAACAGGCCCAAGCACCUCUUCCCAGCCUGCUCAACAACAACUAGAAAAUGGCCAGGGGAGUUCACUGGCACCAACUCCUCCCUCACAGCCUUCAUCUACGGACUCCCCCUCACCCCACUCUCCUCAGCUGUCCCCGCAAUUCUCCCCUAGCUCUCAGCUUUCUGAUUUAACUUCAGAUGGUCCAGCGGUGGACAAUGCUGGCAGUCCGGGCCCCAGCUCUGCACCAGUCCCUGACCCCCAGGGGAGCUCCACUGUAGGUGAGGAGGAGGUGGUGAAGGUGGAGGAGGCUAAGGAGGCCAAGAACAACAAAAAACAACAGCUCCACUGUCCCACGUGCAAAGUGACGGUUAAUUCCAGCUCCCAGUUGGAUGCUCACUGUAGUGGCUCCAAGCACAAACAGAUGCUGGACGGUGAGAACAGCAGCCAGUCACAAGGCAGGGUCAAGAUGACAUCAUCGCCCAGGCCCACCUGCCGGAUUAAGCAGCGAAUGGGCAGCAAGACCAGAGCGGUUGUGGGUGUAAGCAGCCAGCCCUUUCACUGUGAACUGUGCCAGGUGUCCGUCAACUCUGAGACACAGCUGAAACAGCACAUGAACAGCAGGAGACACAAAGAGCGCUUGGCCGGGAAGCCUGUCAAAGCAAAGUUCACCCCCUAUAAUAAACUGCAGCCUAGUGCUAUCUUAGCGACUAAAGUGGCCCUGCAGAAGCAGCUGUCCAAGGCCCUGCCGGCAGGGUUCCUGACCAGCCCUCUCAAUCCAGCUGCUUUGUGCACUAUGGCAUCUGGACCACUGGCACUACGGCUGCCGCAGGGUCCCACAGCCAUCAUCCAGGGCCCCCUGAUCAGCCCCACACUCUUCAGGCCUGCCCCAGGACCUCUGAGGGCCACGCAUGCACCCAUUAUCUUCUCUCCUUACUAGCAAUGAGUCAUGCUAAACCAGAGGACCUGAGAUUGGACCUAACCUAUUGCCAAAGCUGGACCAGGAGAGGACUUAAGCAUAGUGAG